ACUCUAUAAAUUCUCUCUCGGCCCGUGCACCUUCCAGUUGCAUUGCUCUCUUCCCUAUCCUUUCCGUCUGUAACUAUUGCACUAGUCUCUUCUCUCUCUCUUGCGAAAAGGCCAUGUCUCGUCGUGGUGGCCGACGGCCGGACUCCGGUCGGAAUCAACAGCCGGGGCCGUCAUUUCAGAGGGGCGGCGGCGGAGGCGGUAGAGGACGCGGAGGCGGAGGCCGAGGCGCAGGCGGGAGAGGACGCGGAGGCGGCGGCGGCGGCCGUUCCGGCGGUUUCCAGCCGGCUCCUCCUGCUACCGGCGCCGGGGGGUUUCAGGCGGCUCCUGCUCCGUCUCCUGCGCUCUUUCAGCACGCGGAUGUUCCAGAGUCGGUAGAUUACCCGGCUUUGUCGUCUACGUCGCCUUCGCCGGCAUCGUCGAGCGCUGACAUGGAGCGUCUCUCGUUGCAGACGCCGGAGCCGGCUCAGCCGCCGCUCGAGGCGCAGGUCGUCCAACGACCACCCACUUCAUCGAAGGCUGUGACGUUCCCGGUGAGGCCAGGUUACGGUACUGUGGGACAUAAGUGUGUGGUGAGAGCCAAUCACUUCCUCGUCCAGGUUGCGGAACGUGAUCUCCACCAAUAUGAUGUGUCAAUUAAUCCUGAGGUUACUAAUAAGAAGGUUAAUAGGGAAGUCAUGAAGCAGCUUGUUAAUUUAUAUGGUCAGUCACACUUGGGUAAGCGAUUGCCGGCAUAUGAUGGUAGGAAGAGCUUAUAUACAGCAGGGCCAUUGCCCUUUAACUCAAAGGAAUUUGUUGUUAAGUUGGUUGAAAAGGAAGAUCGUGCUGGUGCAGCAAGGGAACGGCAGUUUAAGGUGGUGAUUAAAUUUGCAUCGAAGGCUGAUCUCCAUCAUUUGCAACAAUUUCUACAGAGUAGACAGCUGGAUGUUCCUCAUGAAGCUAUACAAGCUCUUGAUGUGGUUCUUAGGGAAGAGCCAUCAAAAAUAUAUACAGUUGUGGGAAGGUCAUUCUUUGGUCAGAAUCUGGGGCCAACAGGUGAACUAGGUGAUGGUAUAGAAUAUUGGAGAGGAUACUAUCAAAGCCUUCGCCCAACACAAAUGGGGCUCUCUCUCAAUAUUGACGUGUCAGCGAGAUCUUUUUAUCGGUCAAUUAAAGUCUCUGAGUUUGUUGGGGAAUAUUUGAAUCUUAGAGAAUUAACAAGGCCUCUAUCUGAUCAGCAACGUGUCAAGCUGAAGAAAGCUUUGAAGGGAGUUAAAGUAGUACUUACAUAUAGGGAGUAUGCAAAACGUUACAAAGUCAAUGGCGUGUCUUCUCAACCACCUAGCCAGUUAAUGUUUUCUGUUCAUGAGAAUGGAACAAAGAUUUCAGUGGCCCAAUACUUCCGUGAGAAGUACAGUAUUGUGCUCCAAUAUCCAUUUUUGCCCUGUAUUCAAGCUGGGAAUGAUUCCAACCCUAUCUAUUUGCCCAUGGAGGUUUGCAAAAUUGUUGAAGGGCAGAGAUACUCUAAGAAACUAAAUGACAGGCAGAUCACUGCACUGUUAAGGGCAACCUGCCAACGCCCGUCUGAAAGGGAAACUAGCAUUAAGAAUAUGGUUAAGGCGAACAACUACAAGGAUGAAAGACUUGUGAAAACGGAAUUUGGGAUUGAAGUACGGGAUGACUUAACAUCUAUUGAUGCUCGAGUGCUGCCACCUCCAAUGCUCAAGUAUCAUGAGACAGGGCGAGAGGCAAGGGUUGAUCCAAGGGUGGGACAGUGGAACAUGAUCAACAAGAAAAUGGUCAAUGGUGGUACUGUGCAUUUCUGGGGAUGCAUAAAUUUUUCAUCGCGAUUGGGCCAAGAUGUGGCUUUUCAAUUCUGUCAGGAACUGGUCAAUAUGUGUGUUAGCAAGGGAAUGGUAUUCAGCCCAAACCCUUUAUUUCCCAUGUUCUCAGCUGAUUCUCGUAAUAUUGAGAAUGCUCUUGUAAAUCUUCACUCUCAAUCUAUUUCAAGACUAGCAAGCAUGGGGCAGAACGGAAGACAACUUCAGUUGUUGAUAAUUAUUUUACCUGAUGUCAGUGGGUCAUAUGGUAAAAUUAAGCGAAUAUGUGAAACUGAGUUGGGGAUCGUCUCUCAGUGCUGUCAACCUAGACAAGCUGCGAAACUUAGUAAACAGUAUCUUGAAAAUGUGGCAUUGAAAAUCAAUGUGAAGGCUGGAGGGCGGAACACAGUGUUGUUUGAUGCAGUUCAAAGAAGAAUUCGCCAUGUGACUGAUCGACCAACUAUUAUUUUUGGUGCUGAUGUUACCCAUCCACAACCAGGGGAGGAUUCUAGCCCAUCGAUUGCAGCUGUUGUGGCUUCAAUGGAUUGGCCAGAGGUUACCAAGUACAGAGGACUGGUUUCUGCACAGUCGCAUCGAGAAGAAAUUAUCCUUGACCUUUAUAAGUUGAUUCAAGAUCCCCAAAGGGGUGCCAUUCAUGGUGGUAUGAUUCGGGAAUUAUUGAUAGCAUUUAGGAGAUCAACUGGGCACAAACCUCACAGAAUAAUAUUUUAUAGAGAUGGUGUUAGUGAAGGUCAGUUCGGUCAAGUUUUGCUGCAUGAGAUAGAUGCCAUUCGAAAGGCUUGCACUUCUCUGGAAGAGGGUUAUCUGCCACCAGUUACUUUUGUAGUAGUGCAGAAAAGGCAUCAUACACGAUUCUUUCCUGUAGACCGCCGACAAACAGAUAGAAGUGGGAACAUUCUACCAGGUACUGUUGUGGACACCCGCAUCUGCCACCCAACCGAGUUUGAUUUUUAUCUUAAUAGUCAUGCAGGAAUUCAGGGAACAAGUCGUCCGGCACACUAUCAUGUGUUAUAUGAUGAGAACAAAUUUAGUGCAGAUGAUUUGCAGAUACUAACAAAUAACUUGUGUUACACAUAUGCGAGAUGCACGCGAUCGGUUUCUAUAGUUCCACCUGCUUACUAUGCUCAUCUUGCGGCAUUUCGUGCUCGUUACUACAUUGAGGGUGAAUCAUCGGAGGGUCAAUCAUCGACCGGUGGAGGAGGGAGGAGCACGAGGGAGAGGAUGGCUGACGUUCGUCCCCUGCCCACAAUCAAGGAUACUGUGAAGGAUGUGAUGUUCUAUUGCUGAUGUUUCCGGGGUGGGGGACAUCCCUUUUUUUCUGGGAUCGCAAUGGUUUUGAGGCGGCAAAUAUUCUGGUCCAGGAUUAUGUCACAUUAACUAUUUUCAGGCUGCCAAAAGAAGUUUGAAAUGUGAUGAUAUGUGCCUGGCCAUGCUUUUUCUGAUGUUUAAUUUUUGUUCUUUUACGCCGCGUCUGUUCUUGCCUAUACUUUCCUUAGGAGUUUUUUAGUAUACUUUUUUAUGACAACGAUACUUGUAAAUUGGAUUGUUAGGGAGAUAUUAUCACUGUUGAACCUAAUUCUUUUCAAGGUUGAGCUGUGAAUUGUAGCAAGUCUCUUCUAUUGACUACAAUCAUCAAAUUGUUAAAAAAAAAAAAUUAUUAAUAUUUUUUUGAGAUCUAA